GUGAGUGAGAAGCCACCACAACAUGAGCUAGGGGAGGCUUCUCAAGAAGAUCCUGCUUACUCAAAACAUCUUUCUUCUUCUUCUUUUUUUUUUUAAUUGAGAAGCUAGGUGUCUGACAUUUCUUAAUUUCUUAUUUUAUUUAAAGGGAAACCAGUGACUUGAAAAUGAGACUAAAUAUUGCCAUCUUCUUUGGGGCUCUCUUUGGUGCUUUGGGGGUUUUACUCUUUUUGGUGGCUUUUGGAUCGGAUUAUUGGCUUCUUGCAACUGAAGUGGGGAAGUGUUCAGGUGAACAGAAUAUAGAGAACGUCACUUUCCACCAUGAAGGAUUCUUCUGGAGAUGUUGGUUUAAUGGGAUUGUGGAAGGGAAUGAUUCUAGUAUUUGGAAGUUCUGGUACACCAAUCAGCCACCAUCCAAGAACUGCGCACAUGCUUACCUGUCACCAUAUCCCUUUAUGAGAGGCGAGCACAACUCAACCUCGUAUGAUUCUGCUGUUAUUUACCGUGGUUUCUGGGCAGUCCUGAUGCUUCUGGGCGUCAUCGCUGUGGUGACUGCGAGCUUUCUGAUCAUCUGUGCAGCCCCUUUCACAAGUCACGUUCUCUAUAAGGCUGGUGGAGGCGGGUACAUCGCUGCAGGCAUCCUGUUUUCCUUGGUGGUGAUGCUGUAUGUCAUCUGGGUCCAGGCAGUGGCUGACAUGGAAGGCUACAAAAACAUGAAAAUGAGAGACUGCUUGGAGUUCACCCCUUCUGUUCUGUAUGGCUGGUCAUUUUUUCUGGCCCCGGCGGGGAUAUUUUUUUCUUUGCUUGCUGGAUUACUAUUUCUGGUUAUUGGUCGGCAUAUUCAAAUACAUCACUAAUCAAACUAUUGCCACAAGCAUUUUCUUGAGAGGUUUUAAGACGGAACUUUUUUUUUUUUUCAUUUUGUUUUGGUGAUCCCAGCAUAGAAUUAGUUGUGAGCUUUUUAGUUGGUAUUUCAAUUUUGCUUUUACAUUUUACUUGUGAUUUCCUCCAGUAGGAAGGUCCUAGAAUCUUUCCAGAUAACCACAGGUUUCCAUCCUAUGUAGGUGCUAUCACUAACCUAAUUCUCAAAGAAGCAGGUAGCAUGGGUCUCCCUUUCAUUGCACCUGUUAGGGGUCAUGCAGGUCACAAAGGUCUGAUAAUGACAUAAUACCACUACCUGGGCCAGGGAAGCUUUGAUUUAAAGUCUCCUUCUUGGCAUUCACUUCGAAAAAAUCUUUGGAGAAUAAUUAAGAACGGAAAACAAAUGUUGUCAGAGAACUUAUUCCAUCUUUUCUCCACACACAUGCAUAUCCACAUACAUAUUCACUGACUCCUGUAAGCCAAUUAUUUAUGACUUAAAAAUAGAUAGCAGUGUGCUUGUGGCGAGAGCCAGGCAAACACAUCAGUUACAAUGGGCCACAACCAGACUGAGAAUGUGUACUUAUUCCACGUUCUUACCAACAGGAGUUUGGUUAUCUAAUUAUAUUCACUGAAUUGUGCAUGCUUACAGAAACCUUAAACUAUGUUUAAAAGUGGCAAAUCUAAAAAAAUAAAAAUAAAAAAAGUGGCAAAUCUGUACACCAAAUUACACAUAAAGCAGAUUGGACUUUUAGGAGCUCAGUGGAUUAAUUGUAAUAUGUAAUAUGGUUGAAAAUAUGUGAAAAAAAAAAAAAACCAAGCACCUUAGCUUAGUACUUAGUUCUGUUUGAUAUUUUGAAAUUCUUAUUUAAAAUUAUAUGCUAAUAUGUUCAGGAUGUGAAAAUUUAUUGAUGAAAUGUGCUUUUAAUAUGCACUAGCUAUAAACUUUCAAAAUAUUUCCAUAUGAAAUGAUAAUAGCCUUGCUUUAUUAAAGACUAUGAAAUAUUAACUUUUCCCAAGACUUUAUGGGUUGUAGUUCUUCUGAUCAUUUGAUUCCCUUAAUUAUUGUCUCUCAGUUUCUUCAUCUUUACAACAGGUAUUUUAACAUUUACAGAUCUGCUAUUUCCUUUAACAUCUUGGAAGAAAACUUUGUGCUGCUUGGUGGAUAAUUCUUUUUUAUUUGCUGGUGUAGACAUGCAGACAUUUUGCAUAUCAAAGAUGUUUGUUUGGCACUAAUUUUGAUUGAAAUCAAAUCCAUCUGAGAAGCCCACUUUGCAUUUGCAUCUUGGAAACCUCCACCAAGGAGCAGUUUGGUGUUGGUGAGGGAACAGAGAACCCGCAUGGUAUGCGAGCUUUGUUCUGGACACAGCAUUUUACUCUGCAGCUGUUGUGAAUACCUAGGGCAGGACUCAGAGGCAAAUUAAGAGUGACCACCUAGAAGAUGCUGUGGGAUAGAGGGGCGAUUGCUUUCCAUUCAGCAGUUCUCCUGAUGGAGAGAUUGCGUGUCUUAUGGACACAUCUGUACUUUCCAUUAACUUGUUUCAGUGGGAGGGAUUUUUGGAGGAAUAGCCGCAGUCUGAUGUAUCUGCAGAAUCAUGAGGGCAUUUUAGUGUUUAGGGACAGAUAGGACUAGCAUGUGAUAAAAACAAAAAAACACAAAAAUACAAGACAAAAAAACAUAGCUUCAGGGGAUUAACUGGUUUCUCAAGCCAUCUGAGUUAUAUCAUAAAUGUUUUUUUAUGCUACUUGCCUUUGUCUUUUUCUGUUUUCAUUUUUAUAUUGCUCCAUUUACUUCUUUGCUUUUGGCUUGAUUAUUAGAAAAAUAAUUAUGGGUUCUGUUAUGCAUAUUUACUGUGAUAUUAAGUUAUGGCAUGCCAUUAAGUUUUCCAGACGAUGCUAGAUGUAUUUGAUUAGUUCAUGUCAUCUGUAAAUACAAUUCUUUUUUGUAGAA